AUGGCCUUUACAACAACCGUCAUUGGUAAACCCGAAACACCUUCGGACCGAAAAAUAACAUCAUCAACAAGAUCAUCAUCAUGGAUCGCAUUGCUCAAAUAUUUGUUCUCGAUCAUACAGAAAGGCACAGAGAAAUCAGCACAGUUUUUGUGGGUAGUUUUGAAGGCCAUGAUUACAUCUAUGGCACCAUCACUGAACAUUGAGAUUACUACCACUCCGAGCAUUGAGCAAUUUCCAAGAAGUUUGGGAUUAAACACAAAAAUGUUUCUUACUUUGGAUUAUUCAGUUCCGUUGGUUGUGAAUAUCAAAUCACCAACUCAUCCACAAAAUGCACAUAAUAAUAAUAUCAGAAGAAUUGUUUAUGAAAAACAACACUAA